AGAAUUGAAGAGCAUAACGUUGACAAUACUGCUAACACACCAGAAAUGAUCAAGAAGUCGGAUUUGGCGAUUAUAUUUCGUACAUCUCGACUUUUACAUUUCUGUAGAACGCCAUUACAUUUUGGCGGUAAUGCAGAUUCAUUUACGCGUACAUCACCUACUCGUGAUUUCCAAACUUUAAGUGAUACUGCAUUUUCUCGUUGGUAUCAAGACAUGUCCGAAACAUUCUUACAAGAAUACUCUUCUUACCUUGAAGAAAUUGGUAUGCAAGUAGUAAUUGGAGGCAAAUCUGGCGUAAAUUUAGUUGACGAUGGGACAUCAAAGUCAUCUGCUACAGAAAAUGUGCUUGCCAAUUCUCCUGCUGUAUUCUUGCUAAAAGUGCUUCAAGGAGGUUCUAUCAUGUGUGAAGUUCGAAUUCAAGGUGUUUUUGUAAGUGUGACCCUAUAUAUACUCAAUCAAGGACAGCAUCUACCGUCACUAGGAUUUUCUGACGUUGAUAGUGACCGUGGAAACCUGAGGAUAUUUACUGAGGAAUGUGGACGAUUCAGAAAAAUGAUUCAUGUAAAUUCUUUUGUUUAUGACUUCCAUCUACGUUAUAUAAAACGUGUAUUGGAAUCUCAAUCACAAACCUCCCCAGCCUUUAAUGUUUUGGAUGUUAUUAAUGCGUUCAUUCGCCGUAAUCGCCAACCUGCGCAUUUUUCACGUAAUCGUAUUUAUCACGAUAGCUAUGAUAAAGAAUUAGGAUCGAUACCUGAUAGUUUAUAUAAAUUUAUAAUAUCAGCACCCCAACGAUACGGGUUUAGACCAAUAAAUUUUAAUGGUGAACCAAUCGCUUGUUUUACGACGUCUAUAUGUGGAGACCAAUGCUCCUUAGAAUCUUGCGAUCUAUGUUCAAUUUUAGGAAAUGAUACACCACAAAUCACGUUAGUUUUUACUUCUUCGAACCAGGCACCCACGGCAGGAACUACAUCUUUGGAAUAUUUUGUAAUCGUGGUGAACGAUCAUUAUGUGCCCCUUGAUUCUACUUUAAAUGUUAGGGAUUCCUAUCGCGGUUAUAUAUACCAAGCAUCAGAUAUUUAUUCAAACAAUGAUCUCGGAGAAAAGAAAUAUGCCCUAAUAAACCGUACUCGUGAAAGACUUAAGUUGGUUAUAAAUCAA